GCUUGUUUCACCCGGACACUUUUCACAGUGACGCAGAGCCGUAAUGGCGGCCUCGCUCAGAAUGCUGCGACAGGUCUGCGGGUCUCUGUCUCGCUCGCGCGCUGCGGUCAGGCGCUUGUGUUCGCGCGCCGCAGCAGAAGCUCAUCAUGACGUGAUCAGACCUGCGUUUCCGCCGCUGCAGAGUUUCUCAGAGGAGGAGAGCAUGAUGAGAGACGCAGUCAAGAAGUUCGCACAGGAGCGCAUCGCCCCGUUUGUCUCCAAGAUGGACGAGGAUUCGGUGAUGGAUGCAGACGUGAUCAGCGCUCUGUUCGAGCAGGGCCUGAUGGGGAUCGAGAUCGGAGCGGAGUACGGAGGCACGGGCUCCUCCUUCUUCUCCUCCAUCCUGGUGAUUGAGGAGCUGGCGAAGGUGGACCCGUCGGUGUCGGUGCUGUGCGACAUUCAGAACACACUCAUAAACACGCUGCUGAUGAACCUGGGGACGGAGGAGCAGAAGCAGCUCUAUCUGCCGCGGCUGGCCAGCGAUACGGUCGGCAGCUUCUGUCUGUCGGAGUCAGAGUCGGGCAGCGACGCGUUCUCUCUCAAGACUAAAGCAGAGAAACACAAGGAUUAUUACAGCAUCAACGGCUCUAAGAUGUGGAUCAGUAACGCAGAACAUGCCGGAGUGUUUCUGGUGAUGGCAAACGCAGAGCCGGCCGCGGGUUACAGGGGCAUCACCUGCUUCAUCGUGGACAGAGACACAGACGGGCUUCACAUCGGCAGGAAGGAGAAUAAGCUGGGUCUGAGAGCCUCAUCCACGUGUCCUCUGACCUUCGACAGCAUGAAGGUUCACGAGAAGAACAUUUUAGGGAAAGUGGGUCACGGUUAUAAAUACGCCAUCGGGAUGCUGAACGGCGGCCGGAUCGGGAUCGCAGCGCAGAUGCUGGGUUUGGCUCAAGGCUGUUUCGAUCACACGGUUCCUUACACCCGACAGAGGAUGCAGUUUGGCAAACGCAUCUUUGAUUUCCAGGGCAUGCAGCACCAGAUCGCUCAUGUGGCCACGCAGCUGGAAGCGGCUCGACUGCUGACCUACAAUGCUGCGCGUCUGAAGGAGGCUGGUCGGUCCUUCAUUAAAGAGGCCUGCAUGGCCAAGUACUUCAGCGCGGAGGUGGCGGCUCUGACCGCGUCCAAGUGCAUCGAGUGGAUGGGCGGCGUGGGCUUCACCAAAGACUAUCCCAUCGAGAAGUACUACAGAGACUGUAAGAUCGGAACCAUUUAUGAGGGAACCACCAACAUCCAGCUGAGCACCAUGGCCAAGAUGAUCGACCAGGAAUAUGACGGAUAAACAUCAGUGUGUCACAUAUACCAGACGCAUUAAUCCAGCUGUCAAUAACAUAGAAGCUGUAAUUAAACACUGAUGUAAUUUCUCAGCACGAGCAUCUUCAGGAAUCUCCUCGAGAGUUCAUGUCUGUCUGUAACUCAACUUUAUUUCACUCUUAAUGGAUCAUUUCUUGUUUCUCUACGUAUUUAUUUUCUAAGACUGAAAUUAUAUCAGCAUAUAUGAGUUAAAGUCUUUCCUGACUAGUGUUUUUUCUGAAGUCUUUUCAGUGUUAAUAGACUUGGUUGAUGUUCCUGUUACAGUUAUUGAUUGAUCCUGUGUCUUACUGAUCGCUGACGGCUGAGAUCUGUGUUUGUGUUUGUGUCUCUGAACCUGAUGAAUAAACAUCGUGAACUCGUGUGUGCUGUCGGGUUUGAGCAGC